CAGGUGCCUGGUCCUACCACAGAUGGUCAACUGCCUCAGGCGUGGGAGGCGCCAUGCUUGGAUCCUCUGCUCCAUACAUUAAGAAAGGCUAUGUUAUGUCCCUCCUGUGUGAAGGUGGAUGGAAAUACUAUUGAGGCCAAGGUUCUGGCACCAUGGAGCUGAGGCGAGGAAAGACCUUCAUCAAAUCCAGCCUGGUGAUUGCCCAAGAGAAACCCAAAGAGCCAGCAGCCCGUGCUCCGGUGAGGGAGGACGAAGGUCCCCGCCCACGCUCACUGGGAGCGCAGCCAAGACCUUGCAGCGAGAAGGGCUCCCAGACCAGCCCCUGUGCCCAAGGGUAUGGAAGGUGCCCCAACAAGGAGACACAGUCCGACCCUGAGGUGGGUCCUGCACCCAUCUGUGGAACUACCUUCAAACUGAUGCGGAAAAGCAGGACUCACGACAGUGUCCCUGGAGCUGGAAAGGCAGCUGCCGCCACGGCGCACAUGGUGGGCAGCGUGAGCUUCCCAGAGACCCCCAGUGGCCAGCGGAUGAUUGACUACCGCCACUUUGUGCCACAGAUGCCCUUCGUGCCGGCUGUGGCCAAGAGCAUCCCCAAAAAACGGAUUUCCUUGAAACGAUCCAAGAAGUGCUUCCGAAACCUGUUCCACAUGCGCAGAAGCAAGACAGAGAACUUGGGCUCAUUGGCGGCUAAGGGGACGGGGCUGCCGUCCCCUGGGAUCCCCCUGGGCGCAGCUACAGCCCGAGGCAAAGCCGUCCUCUUGGCAGGGGAGGGGCCGGGGCUGGACAGCCUUUGCCAGGACCUGUCUGAUUGCGAGCUCAUGCCUGACGCGUCCUUUGACCUCUGCGGUGCCCUGUGUGAGGAUGUGGCCUCACUCAAAAGUUUUGGCUCGCUCACAGGCUGUGGGGAGAUCUUUGCAGAUGGAAGCUCGGUGCCAUCUCUGGAGCUGAGCGGAUCCCCCGUGAGCCCAGCCCAGAUGCCCCAGGCCCUGGAGAGCACCCCUCCCGGGGGCCCCUCCCAGGGCAGUGUGGAACGGCUGGCGUCACCUGCCCAGAAUGAGGCGUCCGACUUCUCCAAGUUCUGGGACGGUGUGAACCGCUCCGUGAGGCAGCAGCAGCGUGCCCUGCUGGGCCCAUGGUCGGCCAGCCCCCAGGGGACAGGGACAGAGCAGCCCAAGCUAGAUGCAGCCGGGUUGGCUGAGCUGCCCCUGUUCCCCUGCAGGGGUCCCCCGAGUGGCUCCAAAGCCAGCUCCAUAGACACAGGAACCCCCAAAAGUGAGCAACCUGAAUCUGUGUCCACAAGUGACGAGGGUUACUACGACUCCUUCUCGCCUGGCCUGGAGGAGGACAGGAAGGAGGCUGUGAAUACCGGCACCCCGGCGGCUGCCUUCCCAAGGGACAGCUACAGUGGGGACGCGCUUUAUGAGCUCUUCUAUGACCCCAGCGAGGCUCCUGUCGGCCCCAGCCUCGAUGAUGACCUCUGUGUGUCCGAGAGUCUGUCGGGGCCAGCCCUGGGGACGCCCCUGUCCAUGUGCAGCUUCCAUGUGGGCGCAGAAGAGAACCUGGCGCCAGCCCCCGGCCCUGACCUGCUCAGCCAGGGCUUCCUGCAGAGCUCUUGGAAGGGCAAGGAGUGUCUUCUGAAGCUCUGUGAUACGGAGCUGGCCAUCACCAUGGGCAUCGUCAACUGGCUCCGUCGCACCCCAUCCGCCCCCACCCCGGCCUCAGGGGAGCCCACAGCUCCACCUGGCCCUCAUAGAGUCCCUAGGGGACCGGCAGAGAACCCAGAAGGCAGGAGAAAUCACACCUUAGAGAUGGGCAAGGCCAUGGUGUGUUCGGUACCCAGUAGACAGGAGCUGUGGUCAAGUCCGGGAACCAAAGACCUGCUUACUAAAGAAAGGAAGGCCCCAGGGGAGGCUGGCAAGGGAGCUGGUAUCCCAUCUAAGGACUCCGCUCUAAAGGAAGGGACACAAGAGUGCCCUGAAACUCUGUCCUCUGUGGGGUCUGCAGCCAUCACAGCAGAUAUUUCCAACAAAAGCAAGGAUCCAGCCUCACUCGUCUCUCCCAGCUCCCAGGAGGAACCUAGGCGGUCUGGGAACCCUAAAUAUCCCCAAAGCCUCUGGAGGCCAGGACACGGGACAAACACUUUAGAUUCAGGGCCCAGGCUGGUCAGCUGUGUGGCCCGUGGGGCAGCCAUGCAGACCUACCCAGAUGGCCAGCCUCCAAGGCAGGACAUGGACAGUGGCUUCUUCAGGCAGCCUCAGGCCUGGGGUGCUGACCCUGUGCAGCAGAAAGAGACCAGCCGAACCCCCAGUGGGGAAGACGCCUGUGGCCCAUCCUCACUGGCCAGCCCACAGGACCAGAGAUGCUCUGACUUCUUCCUGGACCUAAACCAGCUCAGGUUGGAGCCCACCAGGCUGGGUGUCCAGGCCUACCUCUCUGGGGGCAACCAGUCUCUGCAGCCCAGCCCCACGGCUCCAGGGCAGGCAGGACUUGGGGAUAAGCCUGAUCCUAGGUCUUCCUUGGCCCCUGCUGCCUGCCGGAGCCCCCAGCGUUAUCCUCCAGACAAAACGGACCUCGCUUUGGACAGCCAGCAGUAGCGAGGGGGAGGGGUCUCCUGUGUGUGUGCAAAAUGCUGCUGCAGCCUCUUGGCCUGAGAGGGUCUCCACUGUGGCCAGCAAGAAGGUGGGGCUCGCAGGCCACCCGUGGCAGAGGCCCACCGGUGACACAGCGUCACCCACAUCGGGAGCUGCACAUUCGUGACCACAUUCAGAAGAGGCCAGGACCCACAUCUCCAUCUCUGUUCCUGACGCGAGGACUGUCUGGGGGUAGUGAAGGCCGGGCUCAGGCACGCGGGACUGGGAAGAGUAGGGUAGGGUAUUUCCACGUGGAGGCAUCCUUGCUUGAAUCCAAGAUCAAGAACAGCUGGAAGCUACGGGUUCCUCGCUGUUCCUCGUGGGGCAGCCCAGACAGGAGCUUAGGCAUGUGGCCCAUGGGCAGAUCCAUGCCUGACUCCAUUGUAAAUGCGGGUUGAAGCAACCAGUCUGUUUGCUUGGGGUGUGUGAGAAGUGUGGGGUCUGAGGCUUAGGGGAUUGAGCUCAUUAGGAUCUACUGGCCUCAUCCUGGUCUAUUCUUUGUCCAAGACAGGGGCCCACAACAUUCUGGGACCCUGAAGGGUUUUUCCUUGGGAAUAAGAAGUGAACCCAUUCCAUCUCAGCAAGAACCUCAAAGCAGUAACUCUGCCCCUGCUGGCCAGGCAUGCCCCAUCAGCGUCCCCGGGUUCUGUGUCCGAGAUCAUUCCACACAAGCAACGACUUCCCUCAACUUACACUCUAGCGGAUGCCUUGCAUGACACAAAGCCCUUUGGGAAGGAAAUAGUGGUUGCUCUGCCCAGUUCUGCCAUUCUGCCUUGGAGUAACACAGGCCUUGACUCUGCGCCCUUCCUACGGCCAGCACCCCUGUCCCUUUUCCAGAAAAGCUCCUUGUGGGUGGAGCUGUGACCUCCAUCUUCAAUUGGAAACCCACAACACACGCACAGUGCCCAGGCAUUAAGAAUCGUAGGCGCCGGGCGUGGUGGUGCACACCUUUAAUCCCAGCACUCGGGAGGCAGAGGUAGGAGGAUUGCUAUGAGUUCGAGGACACCCUGAGACUCCAUAGUGAAUUCCAGGGUCAGCCUGGGCUAGAGUGAGACCCUACCACUAAAAAACAACAACAACAACAACAAAGAAUCAUGACAGGAGCUGGUGACCCCGGUGUCUCCAGAAGGAGCAAGAAUCCUUUCUGGCUCUGCAUCAGGGUGGAGCAGGUGCGGGGACAGAAGUCCCAACCACUUCCUAUAGGAUUAGAUUCUACCUCAGCCAAAACAGCAUCUGGAGGCAAAGGAUGGGGUGCUACAGGGAGCUUUGAAAUGUGCUUCCAGAGUCAUGUGGAGGGCAGACUACUGGAGAAGUCACUUUUGUGUGUGUGUAGAGCUUCCAUGGGAAGGGAGGGGUGGCCUCUUCCCUCCCCCCGCCCCUCCCCCUGCCCCAGACAGCACAGGCUCAACACCUAAAUGCUGACACUUAAUUUCAGGCUAGAAACGCUCUCCUAGGCCUGGUCUCUACCAGUUCACAGGAUCGAGGAGGGACCUGGGACAGAAAGAGGCCACUUAUAAUAGCUUCAAGUAAAGUGCUUGCAUGUAAGUGUAAGUAUGAGGACCUGAGUUCAACUCCCAGGAUUCAUGUUAAAAAAAGAAAUCUAAGCAUGUUGGCACGUGUUUGUAAGAUCUCUGAGGCUUGAUGGCCUGGUUGGUUAGCCUCAGGCCAAUGAGAGCCUCUAUCACAAACAGAGGUAGACAGCACACCUCUGCCUCCCACAUAUGCAUUGCACACACAUGAACACAUAAACAUGCAUACGUAUGUUCACAACAUACAUAUAUGUACAUUAAAAGAAACUGGCCCCACACUCAAUCAUGACAUUGUGAGCCUGGCAGCAACCUAAGGCAGUUCGUGUUUUCAUUUUCUGACCCAGGGACUGAGACACAGCUCAUGUGACCUGCCUAUGGACACACGGGUGUGUGGGGGGCUGUGGGCUUCAGAUCCCCCAGCUCUGCAUCUGGCUCUGGACCCUCGCACCGGUCUCCCACAGCUGGGGCCCCUCAUAGUCUUCACCCCUCCUUCUUCUAGGCCGCAGAUGCCUAAGCACCCUGGGGUGGGAGCCACGUGUUUCCGUGAGCUGGGAGCCGGUCCUCCCUCAGGCGCAGCCCCGCGGCUCUGAGCUGUGCCUGACAGAGAAAGCACUCAGUAAACACUCUGAAAGAAUGAGGUGUCAAAAUGGGCAUUCGGGUUCUAUUGUCUCUGAGUGUUGCGUCUGGAGAAAAACUGCAUUGAGAAACUCUGCUUGGGAACCAGACAGCUUCGGCCGCCAGGGGGAGCGCGCUCCCCCGCCGCCCUGUGAUACAGUGACUUACGGUGACGUUGAAGAGCCCGGCCAGGCUGGAGAGCGCUUCCGAGCGCAGAACCAGAGGCUGAAGACGAGCUCCGUUGGUAGGGCGUCGGCUCCGCAGGCACGAGACCCCACGUUUGACCCCCAGCACUGCGCAAGCUGGGCACGGUGCCGCCCACCUAGGAUCCAAGGCAGGGAGAUCAGGAACUUAGUGUCAUCCUUAAUUACAUAGCAAGUUCUUGGCCUGUCUGGGCAGGCGAAGGGCAGGAGCACUGACAGGCAUGGUAGGGGGCAG